CGUCGGCUCCGCCGAGUGGACUGGACAGUCGCGAGCCAGCAGCCAGGGCGGUUGGGAAGGACUCACAUGCCGCCGCACUGCUGCAGUCUAGCCAGCCGGCUCACCACUCACCUCCCAUCUUCAUCUUGCCUCCGACGCGGGGAUUCUCCGGUCAGCUGCUGGCGAGGUCUUGGAAGUCCAACUUAGAUACAACCUGUUACUGUCAGGUCCCGCGAUGGAUUGCAACAUAUGCUUCGAGCCGUUCGACCAGGGUGGUCACCUGCCCAAAGCGAUCCCGUGCGGACACACGGUGUGCCUGCAAUGUCUGCAGCGACUGCAAAACCGAAAGUGCCCGACGUGCCAACAGGUGUUCCAGGCCCCGCUGUCACAAAUCCCCAACAACUACACUGUGCUGCAAUUACUCCAGGCUAGAUCGGACAGGACCGACAAGUCCCCAGGGUGGUGCUCGAGGUGCAGCGCCGUCGCUACGCCCCAGUGCCGGGGCCAGCAGCACGUCGUCCUGGGCGUGAGAGAGGCUCUGAAGCAACUCCUGGAGGGCGUACGGUCGCAGGCUGCAGGCCAUCUGGAACGUCUAAUGCACCAGUGCCAGGAAGAGGAGGCCGUGCAAGCCCUAACUCUGCUGUCCGGCGAGGCCUGGGAAGUGACGCUGCGGGGCGAGGGGCCGCCGCUCUCGGGGACGCUGCGGGACACCGAGGACCCCCUGACCAAGGCCUUUUUGUUGUUCCUGGCGACGAAGGCAAAACUGAAAGCGGCUGCUACAGUGCAGAUCAAAAACAGCACCAAAACCACUAGCCUCGUUCACCGCAACGACCUCAGCCCACUCAGCCCCAAUCUGGCCGGGAACCUAAAUGUGUCUAGUGAGAUCACAAACAGCAUCUGCACCCGCGUACUCGACUGUGCGAAGGACCUCAGGUCUAGUGAUCUGGCCGGGAAUCUACUUGUCUUUCGUGGGGUGCAACGGCUGCUCAAUGUGACAAAGGAAGUCGCUCCCCACCUUCCGAUCGCAGAGCCCACCGUGCAGCAGCUGAGUUUGAGUCCGCCUACUUCACUCACUGCCCUGCGCGCGGCGCUCGCCAUGUCGCGACUGAAGAGACUGAGAGUGGGUGGUGGUAUAAACAGCAGCAUGAGCUUUCAUGAGGAGGUUAGCGCUGCCGGCGCCUCUCUGUCGCAGGGACUAACAGACGCACCAGCGCGCCUGCAGUGGCUCGAGUUGAUCGGCAUCCCCUGCGACCUGCUGCCGUUGCUGCUGCCGGCCCAUCGGCUCACGCUGCAGGUGCUGCAGCUGGAGCCAGGCCACAAGACAGUCUAUCCGUCAAGUGGACCAUUCCGUGCCCGAUUAAUGAAACAGCAUGUAACGUGCAACCAGCUGUUGUCUCUGCUGGCGCAGUGUGAUCUACGCGCGCUCCAGAAGCUCGUGCUGGUAGAUGCGUUGCCCAUAGACCACUCUUCGUCCGAGACCUGCGCGAGGCAGCGCGGCUUGCUGCGUGCGGCGCUUCCCGCGGGUGCCCGGGUGCUGUGCUGGAAGUGCAACGGUGAUAGGUGUCGGGAAGUCUUUUAGGCGAGGCCAGGACCAGCAGCGAGUGCGCGCACCCGCGGGUGAGCAGUGCCCUGGCACGACCCACUGGAUUGUGACCAGUGGUUUGUGUUUUCCUUAGAGAUUUACGCGUGACCCGGUGGUGUGACCGCCUAAGCUACUGCCAUCGUCUGCAAACACCCUUGCAGCCCAGGACCCAGGGCCAACGCGACACAUCGGCAACGCCUAGAUCAAGAUU